CGAAAAACUAAAACAAUAUGGCGGAACUACGACGGAUGAAAAUGAAAUCGGAAAGUUUGGGUUAAGUUGUGUUACAAGCUUAUUUGAAGAUGAUCCUUGGGAAAAAUAACUUCAGAUAAGACAUGUUGCCUCAAAAAGCUGUUGAGCCUACAGUUUGGUUUCCAAAGUUGUACUUUUAAAAUGGAUGCCUGCAACAAGUUGCAUCACACUCGAGUUUUUGUGAGACUUUUGAUGUGAUUCCCUGAACAUUCUUUUUGAUAGAAUGACAACUGUUUCACCAGAGUCUCUUGAAAAAACUUGCCUGAAUUUUAUCUGUACAAGAAUCGAGGAUCUGUGUCAUGAAGAGCGAGAUCGUGUCGAGGAAUGUUUUGUUCCCACUGGAAAACUUGUUUUCAAUUCCCCGGUUUUCUUACACGAGCAGCUUGCAGAGAAUAUCAUGAAGGGUCUUACAAGCAGUGGACAGCUAACCAGAAGAACAUUAUCGUUAUUUAGUGACUCCAUGUUUUGCAGGAUAAGGAAAUUCGAUCUACGGUGGACCAACAGCAUAAAUUAUGAAGUCUUGAAACAUCUUUUAGCCCAACACAAAGUUUUUAAAAUAGAUUUCCAAGGAACAUCAAUGCCAGGGCCUCUUGUUUUUGAACUUCUUAACUUGGUGUCAGCGACUUUGAGGGAACUCAGUCUGAGUUGUACCACUAACUAUUUGUAUUUUUCUACUCUACAUCAACUAAGCUGCCUUACUCAUCUGGACAUUAGCAAUACAAUAAUACAAGACGAGGAAUUCAAGCUUGCUUGUCGACAUUUGAAAUGUUUAGAAUAUGUCAACAUUUCAAAUACUAAAAUAAGUCGUACGAUCUCAUUUGGGAAUUUAAGAGGUCAGCUGAAGACAUUACUGGCUUAUAAUACACCCGUAGCGUGGAAUAACCCUGUGGAAUUUCGAGAUUUUAAUUCUCUUCAGAUGCUUGAUAUUUCCAGAAAUCCUGAUAACAUGAAUGGAUAUGACUGGCCGUCACAUUCUGAGAAGGUAGAGAAACUUCUAAGAGAUCAGCAAGCGAUGCCUGAUCUUGUGUAUUUAGAUGUGUCUGGAACUCCAAGAAUUUUCGAUGAUUCUUUACAGUUGUUUCUUAAUUCCCAUCCCAAGCUCCAGUUUCUUGGACUUUGUAAGACUGGAUUAACAUCACAUGCAAAGUGGCUUCCUUCAAACAUUCAGGUAAUUCAGUAAAGGCGGAGCCACCCUGUGAGCAGAGCAUCCUUUUGAAGGGCUGUCAACCCCCGACGUAUUCAAAUAUUUAGAAUUGAUAGGGGAGUUAUGGUAGAUGACGUCGUAAAGUGCUGCACAUGAUGUCAUUUAUGCUUAAAAUACUCUCCGAUCGUCACAAAUUUGCAAUGACACAAAACGCGCGAAAAAGAUGUUUUUGCCUUUUAACAUAUGACCUGAUUGGUUUACUUCCCACCAGUCACAUUAUUAUCAUGGCAUACCGGAGCUGUUUAUGAGGGAACGUUCAAUGUUAACACUAAAAUUGCUCAAACAAUGCAAAAGAGUUGAAAAUUCAUAAUUGGAAAGUUGAGUCUACUGAAGAAAUGGCAAACUUCGGCGAUUAUAUCUGGGAGAUUUCAUACCCUAUGGGAGAUGGGAGAUACGCUCCAAAAUCUGGAGUCUCCCGGAUUAUCCGGGAGAGUUGACAGCACUGCUUUUGGGACUCCUUUUUGAGGGAGAAGGAGAAAGCUCGAGGCUCUACCAGAAUUAUCUUAAAGCCUUUGAAGUCACCACAAACCAAUUUCCAUACUAGUCAAUCUUAUUUCCUCCUCUCAAACUGGUGUUUCGAUUUGAGCAUUCGUCCAAUAGUCGUAGCUGAGCCCACUGUACCACGUGCUCAUGGCUAAAAGGCCUCAGGAUUCAAAACUGUAUCUGAGCAACAUGAAAGCAUUCUUAACAAAGAUCUUUCUUGAUUCAUGCAGAAUCUUUCUUGAAAAGUACACCAAAACUGGGCAAGUAAAAAAGUCUCUUCUGGCAGGACGAGGGGGAGCUAGUAUGGUGAAAAGAAAGUGGCUACCUCACCCUGGACACUAUAGAUUUGCUUCACUUAUUUUUAGACCAAACUGAGGCCCGGGACUGCCCCCCCCUCCCCCCCCCCUUUAUCUCAGGAUCGUUAUCUGCCACUGCAGGCUAUGACUAACAGUACUAUUAUUAUUUUGUUACUAAAUUCCAACAAGUAGUCUAUUAUCAAUGGUGUGUUCUGAUCGGUUGAGCGACUAUUAGAAAACCAAAACAAUGCUGGUUGAAUCGCGUUUUGCUAGCUUAAGUUGUUUUGUCUCAAUAUUUUUGACCAACUAGUUGGAUUUUACUAAAACAAUUAUCCCUCUCACCCUCAUCGCCUCUGAGUCUGAGCCCAUGUGGGCUUGAGGAAUAAUUAUUGUUAAAUAGCUUGGCUCUAGUGGAGCAACCUAUUGACUCAAGGAUGGGUUGAAUACUGGCUCUUUAAAAUAUGAAAUGACCAACUAAACUGUAUUUGAAAUUCAGACUAGGAUAUAUGUACCCUGCCUAAGAGGGUGUCAGCUGAACAUGUAUUCACAUCUACUUUAAUACUCUUCAAUGCUAUUACACAUCAAGAAGAGUUAAAAGAAUAAAAAUAUAAACAUAGCUAAUAAAAAGUAAUAAAUAAAUAAAUAAAACAUGUAAUUAAGAAUAUAGCUAUACUAAAAAAUAAAACUUAAAAUAAUUUUGCACUGCAAACUGCUGAAUAUUAAUUAAGUGAUCUGGUUUCAGGUAAUAAACAGUUCCAGUCCCUUAUAGUUCUCGGGAAGAAACUAUACUUAAUGUAGUAAUCAUGAUAUACAGAUGGUUGAAUAAAUGAAUAUGUCGAGUAAUUUCUAGUUUCCUUAAUAGGCAAUUGAUAAUAAGGCAGAAUAGGCAAAGCAAUAUCAUUAAGAUUUUACACAGAUUUAUGUCCAGAAAAUUUGUAGACGGUGGGAUUUUCUUCUCUCUGUUAGUAAACCCAAAGAUAGGGAUUUCUUCAAUUUGGACAUGCUGGUGUUAUAACUAUAAUCAUGUUUAAUAAAUUAUUACAAACUUUUUCAGAUCACUGGUGAAGGAAGUGAACAACAGAUUCUCUCUGCUCUGCAAGUAUAUCCAGAGAGAGCAUCUUACAUGACAGAGGCCUUACGAGGAUUAUUUCUUGUCAGUAAGAACUGGACUGAAAGAAAGCCGGAAGUGCUUCAGGUAUUUGCAUCAGUAUGGAAAUUCCAACAGUAAUAUUAUAAGUAAAAUUGUGCUUUUGUGUGUUUUUUGAAAGCACCUAUGAUCAUUAUGCUGCAUGACAAUUUGUAUCUGGAAUGGUUGUUGAUGGAUGCAGAUAGUCAUCUUAUUAUUGUGUACAAAUUAUUAAACCUUAAUUAUGUUACUACAAGCUUGAUUCAUGGACCUUGGGUAAGGUUUCAUUGACUCAAAUAUUACAUAAAAUGUUUUGACACCUUUUGUUUUUUAAAGUAUAUGAUACAUGUAUUAAGGGAAUUAAAUGUUUAGGAACUGGAAAUCUUUUUUGGUUUGCUUCUUAGCUUGUUCUCUCUCCAAUGGAAAAGCAUCCCAGAGAUUUGCAUGUUCAGAUGGCUGCAACGUAGGUCUUUUUUUUUCUGUUUAGUUUUCAUUAAUAAAGUGCUGUUUUUUCAAUAUUUAGUUAUUCGGGAUUAAAACUUUGAUACAUGUAUGUUUCAUACUUUUCUCAGAAAGUUGUGGACAGUGAAUCACUGGUCUGUAAUUACUUGAAGACACUCAACGUUCCCCACACUGUUCCCAAUCAUUUUUAUGCUAGAAGGAAGGCGAAUUUUAUAAAUAUUUGUUAUAAAUUCAAGGCAUUUUCACUUUGAGAAAACUGCAACAUGACCUGUUUGAAACAGGACCUUCUUGUAAUUUUGGUACAGUUAUCUUUGUUACUUGUGUUCAUUCAGAGCUUGUGUUUUUAACAUCAUCCGAGGUCCGGGAGGGACUGGAGAGACUGAAAUUCAUGCUACAUACCUCAGGUAUGUAGAAUUUUUUUCCCACUAUCAUUUCCAACUUGUUUUCUCCUUGCUUAUUUUACUUGUCUUGGUCUUUAAGCCUAAUGGUCUUGUUUUUAGAAUUACUUCCUGCAUAAGAGUAAGAGUAAUAAAAAUAAUUCAGCUCGUUUACAAUUGACUAUAUUUUAAUUAAUUUUGUUUGUUUUUUUUUUCAUCAGUAAAAUUGCAAUGUUGGCUAUUUCAGCAAUGAAUAUCUUUUCUGACAAAAAUGAAGUGAGGCUAAGUUUUUUAUUUAUAUUAGUAAAUGACCAUACUGUUCCAUUAUCAUUUUAUAAUAAUAAUUAUUAUAUAACUCCUUAUUAAAUUCAAUUAUCUACUCUGCUUGUGUUGCAUUACCUCAUUGACAUACAUUCCAUGUAGUAUACAGUGAUGUUGAAUUUCUUGACAACAAAUGAUUAAUAGCGUCUAAAAAAAAUAAUGCAACAAUUAAUAAAUUUUUAUGUCAGUGGGAUGGCCUGAAAAUAAUAUUGUUUUAUGAAUUUUAUAUAGCUUGAAUUCAUAUUUGUAUUUUAGUUCAAUCAAUGUCAUGUUUGGGCUAUGUACUCACAAUAUUUUUGCGUUGUCACUAGCUUCUUAGAAAUUGCCUUUUAAUUCUGGAAACACGUCAACUUUUCAGGAAAGCAGUAAGUUAUUAUGUAGCUUAACUAUCUUAAAUUCUUAUGUCAGAUAUUCGAAAUGGGCUGAAUUGUAAAAUGGAAUCUAAGGCCUAGAUUUGAAAACAAAAUGGCUUGAUACCUUCACUAAUUUAUCUGGACUAACAUAGCAGAUGAUAUGUUACUUAAAUAAUUUAAGCAACAUACGUAAAAUAGUUUUCUACAUAACAUAUAAUCCUGCCACGAUCUGUGGUGAGUAUUACAGCAAUAGCGUGAAUGAAGCUGUAAGAUCGGCUUAUUUUGCCUUGGCAAUUCAUUUUUGCGUCACCAAAUGUCAUUAGAGUAAACUAAACCCAUGUUAAAUUUAUCACACCCCAAGGCUGUGCUCUAAGGAGAAUUGUAGGUAGCCCAGUGUUCUGAAACUGUAAAAUCUAGGGUGCCCAGCAUAUGAUUUGUAUGAAAAAUCUGAGAUUUUCUAGUCGCCCGAGAGCAAAAUUUAGGCACCAGGGGCCACCGGGCUCUGCUAGAGCACAGCCCUGCACCCAUUACAUAACCAUAACCAUACUCCCCAAAAUACAAUAAUUUAAACCCAAGAUAACAUUGAGCCAAAACGUAUACCUAUGAAAGGCACCCUCGAGGAAAUUUGGACAAACCUACCUUGUAUGGCUUAAUUAAUUUUACCGCUUAACAGAUCGAUCUAGAGAUUCUACAUCUAUUUACAAUGAUUUAUUGACAAUUUUGUUUGACAGGACUCAGGUAACUGCCUCAUAUAUAGAGGGUGGCUACCUAAGAGAAGGCCAUUAACAGUAGUUUGAGUGUACAUCUGUAAUAUACUCAGAUGAUUAUCUUUGUUUAAUUGUGGGUUUUAUACUUUUCUGUGUUUCCUGAUGAACAGAAAUUCAACUGCUUUAAGGCGGCCAGUCUUGCAAUGGAUGCUUUAUGUCUUUUCUCAACUGAUCAAAGCAUCCUGCAACUGUCAAUCAAAGUUUGUGCGAUCUUGUCAUCUAAGGUAUUGUCAGUGUAUUAAAAAAUUAUCUGUAAAAGAAUAUAGUUAUAAUGCCUAGUUUGGAGCUGAAAUUUCCACAGGUCAGUUAAAUUCUGAUAAACUAGUGAUUAGCGGCAGGCCCAUAACCAGGAUUUUAUGUGGGGGUGCUAACGAGGCCAAAGUGGACCAAACUACCGCAAUGGAUUUUUUAUUAUCUGAUCCGUUUAUUAAGGAAAGUAGCAAUACGUGAGAAAUUGUAAUGGCAAAGUACACGGUAGGAACUGAAUAUUACAUUUGUCAAAUACAACUGUUUGAAUUAUGUUAUAAAGGAGUAAUUUUAUGAUGUAAAAAUUAUGAUACAUCAAAAUACUGCGGAACUAAUCCCUCAGAAUAGUUCCAAGCUCCAGCCUCCGUGGGUGUUUGGUGGCAAACAGAUUUACAACAUCCAAAACAAUUUUAACUUGAUAAUGUAUGUGCAUUAGUGCGAGGGACGACAGCCUUUCCUGGCCCAUGCAUGCCCUGUUAUAUGUAUGCAGCUGCCUUAAAUAUCACUGUUAAGUUUGAAACUUCAGUUUAACCGACUUGGAUAUUGAGUAUCAAAAUGCGGACCUUUGGGGCCUGUGGGGGGGUGCGAACACACCCUGUGCACCCUCCCCGGUUACGGGCCUGAGCGUCAUGUAAGUUCAGCUCAUCAUCAUUCUUGAACACUCCCUCUAUUUCUGGUGCUGAAAUUUGGAGGCAAUACUUUAGGACUGUGGUAUGUACUACCACAAAUUCACAGCGAUUUUAAGUCCGUCUAAAUAUAAACCUCCUGUCAUAAGCUCUCUCCUUUCUAAUAUAGUCUUCAGUUCUCAUUAUAAGCUCCCCAUGGUUUUUCAGUCCAAGCUCUCACCCCCUUGUCUCAUCUCAUUUAGAAGAGAUGUGAAUCGGUGUUACUUUGUUCUUGUCUAGAUUUCUACACCAGAGACUGUGGUCCUUGGCUCUGAACGAAACAUCUUGGCCUUGUUUGCCAUUGCUCAAGGGAAAAUAAGUUCAAGUGAGGUGAGGGUAAAACUAAAUGCUGAGGGAACGGUGAUCACGUCAACAGAUUCAUCCUUCACAUUUGUUGCCCCACAUUAUGUUUAGUCUCUUUUCUAUGAAGUAACUAGGGGGCUGUUUACAUGAUACCAGAGAGACUUUCAUUCUGGAACAACUGAGUUUAUUCCAUCUCCAGUUAUUUCUUUACAUCUGUUUGCCUGAUAUCCAGACAAAACUUUGUUCACAUACAAGUCAUUGCAGUUUUCAUUCUGAAUGAAAUUCUUGUUCUGGUAUGAAAUUUCAUUGUGGUAUCAUGUAAAUUGUAAAAGAACCUUAAGCUUGUUCCGUAUUGAAAAUUGCAAAUCGUGUUGUCUGGAGCGAGUGGUGCAUGCGAAUGUGAUCUGGCGUGAAAAUCACGUGUGCGAGAAUGCCUUAUGCUGAGCCGUUCGAUUUUAUGUGAAUGCAAAGUUAAUAGUUAGAUAGUUGAUUAUUUUUUUGUCCCAGAAAAGAGAAUCCCCUAAAAGACAAUUUAGUUAUAUACAAACUGCUAACGUUUUUUUGUGAAAGUCUGUCACACCAUUAUGUUUCCUUCGGUGUGAUUUAGAAAUUGUUUGUUCUGUUUAUUUCCAGGCAGACUUCACCUUGAGUCUUACUCUAAGUGUUCUCUGGAACUUAACUGGUAAGGACAACUGAUUGCACAAUGUAAGAAGGUCAAAAAAUAAAUAAAUAAAUAAAUAAACGACGAUGCUUACUUUGUCUCUGUCAUAUCUCUGUAUAUCUAAGCCUAAAGUGAAAGAAAUACCGACCUAUGCGCCCUCAAAACUUACAUAGUGAUACUGCCUCUUUUCCUUUCCUACUGGGAUGCUAGUCCACCGUAUAGCGAAGGAAAAGUGUCGUAUCUCAUAAAGAACUUGAUUGCAGUCGGAGCACUACACUCACGUAUUUACUCAUAGCUUGAGGUUGAGCCAUUUUUACAUGUGAGAUAGACAAAAUCUUAUUUUAUCAAUAAGUUGCGUCUUAUUUUGAUCUUUUAGAUGAGGCACCAAGUACUUGUUUUAAAUUCGUUCAUAAAGGCGGAGUGCAAAUGGCUGCACAAGGACUCAAGGUAUUUUUUGGCGAAAGUGUGCAUGUAAGAUUUGAAACAGGCUUCGUGAACGUAUAAAUGGAUGUCUCUCUUUGUGCGUUACACUACCUGGAAAAUCAGGGAUGAAAUUCAGCGUUUUUUGGGCCUGAAGUGAUUCAAGGACACUUAUAGAUCUUACUAUUGAUUGUCCGUUGUAAAUCUUCUUUGAGUUUCGGAUUAAAUUAACAGAGGUUUUAACAAGCUCUUGCCUUAAAUCUGUAAAUAUCCAACUUUCCAAUAAACAGUGAAGUUUCUAAGAGUUUUCGUUUACGUGAUUCAGUUCACUCCUUGAUUCGGGACAAUCAUGAUUGAAUCGUUUUCAGUCAAGUAUUCACAACUAAUUUAACGUUCGACAUGUUCGUAAAAAAGUGAAACAAAGGCAUAUGAUCAAGAAUGCCUGCAUGUCUCGCAGAAAUUUGCAGAAAUUUCUGGAAGAAACUGGAAGUAACUUCCGCGAGUUAGAUGUAGGAAAGACAUACAACUGCCUUGAUUGUAAAGUAUUUUGCAUGGUUCUGCGUCAACAGACCUUCAGGGAGGAAACCCAAGAAAAACACAUCAUAAUCAAAAAGAAGAUUCUGGGAACACUGGUAAGAAGUACUAGAAUCUAUCACACCUCCCCCGCCAAGUUUUUUUUGUAGGGACAAAAUCUUCAAAACUCUCUUUCUACCUUAUUGAUCAUAAGUAACAAUGUGUGCCUUAAAGGUUUGUUAAAUUUUAUUUUGAAAUGUACCAGCAGAUUCUUUAGCGAAAGGGGCACCUUCAUUCAAUUGCCAAUCAAGGAAACAUUGUGCAGCAAUGCUAGGACUCUAGUCAAGGAUGAAAUAUGUUAUUUUUAUUUUUUGUGGCAAUCUUUGAAUCUUGUUUGAAUGUCUAAUGAUAGAACAGGAUGAGAGAAAUGUGGAAACAAGCAAAUCCAGAGUUAUAUGAUUAUGAAUAUCUAAAAAGGGCACAUUUAGUAUUGUUAUGUACAUGACGAGCAUAGUAUUCUGAGCUGGGCUAACUUUUGUUUUGCUGCAGAAUAACAUUGCUGAGGUUCCAGGGCUGAGGAAACAUCUUAUCACAAAUGAGUUCAUUGAUCUCAUUGGGUAGGUUUUAAACUCUAUUCGUCAUUGAAAACUGCGAAGCGAAAUGUGUAGACCGCGGGGCAGUAGUCCCAACUAAAAUUUUAGUCAUUUUUUGAAAUACUGAAAAACAAAUAUUACUUCGUUUGGGUACUGAUAUGGAGGUUUCAGUCGAAUGGACACAUCAUAGGUUUUUGUGCUCAAUUCAAGAGUUAUUCAAGUACUCCAUUACUUGUUAUCAUGGUUGACUCAGAUUGAAAGAGCCGUCACUGUUGAAACUGUACUGUUUCAGUGAGGGCGUAUUGUAAUCUUGAACUCCGAAUAUCCAAUCAUUUUUAGUAUUCAUUUAAAAUAAUUCCUCCCCUAAAACCAGGCUAAAACAUGCUUCCGCAAUUCGUAAACGUCUUCCAAAUUUGGUGAACGCUAGCUGGUUAUGAAGAAGUAACCGCGGGUUUUAAGCCAAUCAGAAAUGGAGAAAUAUUUUGAAUGAAUGACAAUUAGGAAAACCAUGUACUAAGUUCAUAGUUUGUACGGAUCCUGCGUCCUGCUACCAUCAGUGUGUGUGGUGAAGUUAUUGUGACUUCCCUUCAUUCCUCCAGGUGUCUUUUAGAAGACAAAUUGGUUCAGCUCUCAUAUUUUGCCGGAGGGAUUCUGUCCAACAUUCUACUCGAUUGGACCGAUGAAGACCUCUUACCAAUGUCUUUGAAACUCUUGAUGCUGGUCAAACUGGUAAGAACACCCGAGCGGGGGCCAUUAACAAAGUUUUAUACGCGGACACUCCGCCUCGAGGUCCAAACUCUUGUCUUUAUCAGUGGCGGAGGAGCCCGUGUAUCCCGGGCCCUUCCUUUUUUUAGACCAAACUGAGGUCCGAAGGGCCGAAGAAAUUUUUUGGAGACCGAGCCCCCCCUGCCUCCGUUAUCUCAAAGUCUGGAUCCGGCACUGUUUUUAUAUACAAUUUUGGACAGAAAAGGUUCCCCUUUCGUUUACCUUCUAUUGACAAAUGGUACCCUUUUCACAUACCGACAAGCAGUCAGGAAAUUUUCAACCCUUUUAACUGCUGUAAAUGCACUGUCUUUGAAAUAUGAAUCAAUCACACAACCAAAAUGAUUUCUCGACUUUUUCGCUGCAAUGAAAUGCAUCUGAUAGCUCUUUUGGGCCUUUUUACCGACGGACUUGAAAGAUUUCCCCUACCCUUCAACUAGUAAAAUCCCUACCCUUUCAUACUCCUGACGCCUCAAAAAGGUACCCCUUUCGGGCGGAGCCCCCCCGUAUAGGCCAUCAUAGGGAGUGCCCCUGCCCCCAGGUAAGAACAUCACUUAAUAGACAUUCAGGGCUUUAGUUCUGGUCUCUCACCCAGUAAUUGAAAAUAAGUCAAAACUGAGGAUUUUUUCAAAGUAAGACAGCGAUUUUCGUUGCAUAGGUGCGCAUAUAUUAUGAAUCCUUGUUUUCGUACCUUUACGUACCUUCCAUCCCAUAAGUCGUAUAAAUCCUUCACCCUAUCCGGCUUUGAUUCCUGGGGAGAUACCAGCCUCGUCUUCCCGUUUCCUAAGAAGAUUUCCGAAAAGAAAAGGGUUCUCUUAGCAGCCUGGAAUUAAGAGGUUACUCGCUGACGAAAUUCUGUUCGGGCGAAAAAAUACAAAAUGUCAUCUCUCUCUCUCUCUUUUCUUUUUUUUCCAGGAGCAAGCAGUGAAGAGUUGGGAUUUGCCAUCAGAAGAACUAGUUGCGUAUCGGUACGAGAAUGUCACACCGUUGUUUUUUCCUUCAGAACUGGCUUGUUGUAUUAGUGUGCCGGAAGCAUAUACACAGUUACUACAGUUAUAGGAGUAAAACAAAAAACCAAUCGUGACGUUACCCGUGCGCAUUGGUUUUAAUUCCUGCGCUUGGCCUUAGUUACAUGCAAGUUGCGUGCGCUGAUUACGUGUUCUGUGGUUUGUUUCCAGGUCUUUCACGCCAUUUAUACAGCUUCUUCAUUGUUCAAUGCCCGCAGUACAGAUGUGGGCUUUAUGGGGAAUGCUUCAUGUUUGCCAUAGAAAUGGUAUGCAAGUUUCUGUAGUUACAAAGUAUAACCCUCAAGUCUCACUUGAAUUACAAUGUGGGGUAGUACCUUGGAGGCAUUUCAGCCUUAUUGAUUACAAAACGCGCGCGUCUCCAAUGAAUUAGUUACUUCUAUCCACGCCUGUGAACGUAGAACUACUUUCUGGAAUUUUUUCAAAGUGCCACAAGUAAGUGCGGCUCAGUUGCUUUCAUUUAAAUGGUCGUGCUGUAGAAUUUUUUAGGAACUAAAGUAAAAAGCCACCCAGAAAAACGUGGUAAAUAGGUCAGAGAAAAUAGUGCUGAGUAUUGAAUUGUUACUUAAUGACAGUAUCACAAGGGAAGUGCAGCUAAUUAGCUUUCAAUUUAAUGGUUACACCUAAAGAUUUCAUCAACAAAGUUAAACGUUAGAACCAACUAAAAAUAAGAAUUUCGUCCAGACUUUGAACUAUCUUGUACAAUGAACAGUACUACAGAAAGUAUUGCUCGGUAAUUUCCAUUUGAGAGGUCACACUUGAGGAUUUCAUCCAUUCCAGACUCAAAACUUCGAACCAUCUUAUGCAACAAAACAAACGGUAUCACCGGAAAGUAUUGCGUGAUAAAGAGCACCAUAGGAAGUUCACUCCUUGUUAUAUGGACACAGGUGUAAACAUCCAGUGCUUUAAGAGUAGCUUCCAUCUGAAUGGUCACACAUGAGGAUUUCAUCCACAGACUCAAAACUUCAAACCAUCUUGUGCAACAAAACAAACAGUAUCACCAGAAAGUGUUGCUCAGUAACUUUCAUUUGAAUUGGUAACACUAGACCCAAAAGUUGAAAAUUCCUAUUUUCAGCGUGAUAAACAGCACCAUAGGAAGUUCACUCCUUGUUAUAUGGACAUAGGGUUAAACAUCCAGCGCUUUAAUCACAAUCUAUUCUAUGAUUCUUCUACAGCUGCGCGGUACAUCCCCCUUCUCCUCGAUGAGGGCAUGACAGAAAGCGUGGAACAAACAGUCGACCCUUCAAAUGAUGGCGUGAACCAACUUGCAAAGAAACUUCUUGAUGCCGUCACGGAUUUUAAACGCUUAUAAUCAUAGUAACCCUGUUUGACCUGAUUGAGUUUAAGGAGAUAAGGUCAUGGUAGUGUCAGUGAUUUUGCCUCAAUCGUAAACUACGCUCUUUAAACUGCAAAUUGAUGAAAAAAGCCUCAUAUUUUUAUCACCACGUAAAAGAUGUAAAUGGUCCCACUCAAGUCUUAUCUUCAUACAGAGACAAACCUGAAAAAUUAUGGGCUGCUCAGUUCUGUGUUUCAGGUUGAAAAAUACAGUCCGUUCGUGCUUUCUUCAGAUUCGCUUAUUUUUCUUAUGUUCUUGUGCAGGUCAGAGUGUUAUUUCAGUCAGUUCUGUCAUAGUAGAGGAGACUGGUUAGGAAAGCCGGCAAACAUCAAAGUUGAAAACAACGGUGCUGUAGGUUAUGUUAAAAGCUCCCUGACCGUGUACAAUCCUUCGGUUUGUGUUCACAAGACAGAAUAAAUUAAUGCGAUGUUUCUAUUGGUCAGUAAGCCCAAAAUGAUAUGAAUGCUAUUGAAAGUUGUGCACGAUCAGAUCCAAAAAAGUUAACAAAAACAUAUAGCCAAGGGUUUCCCAAUCAUUCCACUUUAAUUAACUAAAAAUGAAAUUGCUGCUGAAAUUGCCAAAAUUAAUCUGAGCAAGACCAUAAGUUUGCUAUUUUCGGUGUCUCUUGAAAUGUUGUGGUGUCAGGAUCUGGCAUUGUAACAAUCUUAGCCCCUAGUUUCGAAAAUUGAAAGAAACCAACGUUUUUAGAUCACAUCAGCGCUGUACAUAUUCCAAAACGAAUCAGACAAUUGUAAUAUUUUAUUGGAAAAGUGUAUACAUUUUCUAGAAUCAGACCAUUCGCCACUUUAGAAACAAAAAGAAAACUGGGGCCAGUUUAUGUUCGCAAAGACUUCUGGGGUUUUUACUAGGGACAGGGAAAAAAGUGGCCAAUAAUAGCUAGUUACCGGCGCGUCUCUAGUAACGAUCCCAGUAGCCUUUGCGGGGCAAAUUAUGGCUCCAGUUCUCGUUUCAAGCAAUCGACGGUAGCUGCACGCUUGGCACAAUGGGUUUAGUUAUGCCCAUCAGUUUAUCAGUAAACGUAUGCUCGCUCUCGAAAAACCAGUUUGUCGAUAAAGAACAAGAUUGACCAGUCCAGAAGUUUGAGCUUGGGCGACUUCAAAAGCUUGACGCAAUUCAGGCAGAGCCUUUCUUCCCCUUCCUCACGCAAGAAGAUAAAAAUAGGCUUUGCUCCCUGGGUAGGUUAAAAUAACAAAAGCUUUAAUUUGUAAAAGAAACCAGAGAAGUAGUAAAACUAUGUCAUCGUACAAAUGGCCUAUCAUGCAGAUGUAUGGGAAAAUAACUUUUGCAGACGAUAUCGUUCAUGUAUUUAUUGAUAGAAUGUUACAGAGAAAAUAAAGGAAAUAAUCCC